AUGAUGCUGCCUACUGUCAAACCAGUGGAUAUAAUCUGGUUGCUGCUGGCAGUUGCCUUUCUGUUUGCGCGUUGUUUCCAGAGUUUUAGUGCCCGAAUUCCGCAUAAAAUUAAUCAGGUGUUUCAGGAUCUGAUUCGAUACGGGAAAACAAGGCAGUGUAAGCGCCCGCACUGGCUGUGCAUAUUUGACGUCCCGAAAAGGUGGUUCUGGCAUUUUUAUGCAGUGUCCUCCAUUUGGAAUGGUCUCCUCAUCAUCCUUUCCCUCCGAGUUGUGCUCAUGAACAAGCCAUACCCACAAUACUUGUCUCACGUGCUCGAGUUUCUGACCGGCGAACCAACGGAAGCUUGGAAUGAUCUAAAGUUGUCUGUUCUGCUGUUGCACGUGCUGCUGUGGGUCCACACCUUAAGGCGUUUGGCAGAGUGCCUUUUUGUCAGUGUAUUCUCUGAUGGUGUGAUCAAUGUUGUUCAAUACACAUUUGGUCUGAGUUACUACAUCUUUCUGGGACUUACCGUCCUAUGUGUGAAUGUCUCUCAGUCUAGAAAUGGGAUUUCUGGUGCUCCUCUCCUCUCCCAGCUGAGAUGGUACCAUGGAGCUGGCACCCUGCUUUACUUUUGGGCCUCACUCUUCCAGCACCGCUGUCUCUCACUGCUUGCCAACCUGCGCACAGGAAGCUCAGGUAUGGUGGAGACUCUUGCUCACAGGAUGCCAUGUGGAGACUGGUUUGAGCUUGUCUCCUGUCCACACUACUUUGCUGAGCUGCUGAUUUACGGGUCACUUGGCCUUUGUUCUGGAGGCAGCUCACUGACAUGGUGGCUGGUGGUGCUUUACGUCCUGUUUAACCAGGCACUGGCUGCUCAGCUCUGCCAUGAGUAUUAUAAGAGCAAAUUUGAUUCAUAUCCACAACAACGCAAAGCUUUCAUUCCUUAUCUGUUGUAA